AUGACUUGUGCCAUGCGUUCCGUUUGUAUCUCUGUGUUUCUAUCAUGCUCCAUGGUAAUUGUGAUUGCGACAUUACAAGACUUCUCUGAAGCAGACCAAUGCCGUCAGUUGAAAUUUCGGCCUGAAAAAGCAUUUGACAGCAAACGCUUCAUAAACCACGUGUUUCGUAUCAAUGAGGUCCUGGUAAUGGAGUUCUGCGAAACCAUGUGUUAUAUGGAACCCAACUGUGUCAGCAUUAAUAUUGAUAAACGGGCGGAUGGAAAUGGAAAGUACAAAUGUGAAUUGAAUAAUGUUACUCACGAAGGACACAAAGACGACCUGAUAGAAGACGGACAUUAUUCGUACCAUGCAGCUGAGAGCGCUUGUGUCAAAAACUCUUGCAAGAACAACGCCACUUGUCAAAGUGGAUUUACUGACAAAGCAUAUCGCUGUUUGUGUACUGCUGGAUUUAAAGGUCAGACAUGUGAUGAAGAUGUUGAUGAAUGUGCCGUUGGAAAUCACGGCUGUGGUACCAAUGCCGUGUGCAACAACACCAAGGGAUCGUACAACUGCACAUGCGUGACUGAUUAUUGGGGAGAUGGAAAGACGUGCAUUAGAAAGGGUGAUCCGCUAUGUAAGAUGUACUUUAGCCCAACGUUUAGUCAUUUGUAA